AAUGGUGCAGUCGGUGAGACUUGGGUGUUGGGGGCGGGGUAUCCAGCUGUUCCUGCCCCCUCACCUCCGAGCUAAUACCUCGCUUGUCUUCCUUUUCCUGGAAUGAUCCUGUUGUGAGAAUCCUGCGUGGGCUGUAAAGUUCACUCGGUCAGUUUUAAACAUUAACACGAAGUGAAGGUGGAACGAUGGAGACAGGUGUCCAGGGUUCCGUCAGACAAGUUCGGCUGUAGUUCAAGAGCACCCAGGACUCCGUUUCGGCCCCAUUUAUCUAUUUGAAGAGAAACCUUCAGUCUUCUCACUCUCCGUUUUCAGAAAAAAAAGAUAUAUAUAUAUAUAUAUAUAUAUAUAUAGACAUUAGCCGGUGUGAAGAGUGGGGGCUGGUGGAUCGGGCCGAGGAAGGUUUGUCGGAGUUAGCAUUGGUGCUCAUCUGUUUCCCACCAGCCCCAGGCUGAGGUGACGGUUGGGAAGCGCGUGAAUUGACCAUGGGCUCGAGGCGGCGGCGCGGGGCGCUCGCGCUUUUGCUGGUGGCGUUGCUGGCACUGGGUCUCCAGGUGCACGGGGAGAAGAACCCGGAACUGCAUUGCGGAGUUUGCAGGGCCUUGGUGGCUGAACUAGACUGGGCAAUUAAACAAGUGGAUCCAAAGAAAACUAUUCAAGUGGGGUCUUUCCGAAUUAGUCCUGAUGGUUCUCAGAAACCAAAUGAGAUUCCAUAUGCUAAGUCAGAGACUCACUUACUUGAACUCUUUGAAACUAUAUGUUCAAACAUGGAUGAUUAUGCAUUAUACGUGGAUCCAGAGACCCAGAAGAAGACUUACAUGAGAUUUGCUCCGAGGGAUUCUGAGAAACUGGGUUCAGUAGAUUUUAAGAAUUUCAAGUUUGAUCCUGAAAAUUCUAAAUCACUAAAGUUUGUGUGUGAAAGUAUACUGGAAGAAUAUGAAGAGGAAAUAAUUUCUCUAUUUGCCCACGAAGCAGACCAUGUGGCUGACAAGCUGUGCAGUGAGAAGUCAGAGAUAUGUGAUCUAUCUGGACAAAGUUUCCACUCUGAUCUAUAAUCCUGCAAAGAACUGGUGCAUAUCAAGUUGGACUAGGAGAAUUAUAAAUGACUGCAUCAACAGCUGGUGAAUUUACACUGGACCAGGCUGCUGCUCUGAAUUUGUUGUCCGCUCUUCAAUAACUACUAAUUCAGAUACUUUCAUUAUGGUUGUUCUUUUGAUAACUCUUGAUUUGUUCUCGUGUUCUCAUUACCCUCAAUUUUAUUAAACAGAUUUUAUAACCACGAGGAGUUUUGGAUUAAAUCAAUAAUCUAAAUUUGGAAAGAUUUUUAGCUUGACACGGGAACCAGAAAAUAAUACUUAUUACUUUUCCUCUCUUCUUCAAACAAAUUAUGUGAUGAUUUUUCACUAGGAUUAUUGCCAAUUUUAUAAUCUAUGCCUCCAAAUAAAAAUACAAUUUUCCUCUGAA